ACACCUACCAAUAAAUUGCCUAAAAUUGCCAGAUUUCUUCGGGGUCACAUCACGUCUCGACUUUCCUUCCCCGAAACCCAUUUUGCCGGCGAUCGGAGCGCAAUCGAAAAGUAGGCCGCUUUCCGGCAGCGGGUUAGAUCAUGGAUUUCGAGCUGAGAAGGGCGAGGGAGAAGUUAGAAAAGGAGCAGAAGGAGAGGAAAGAGAGAGCUAGAUUGAGACUCGAAAGGGAUAGGAAGGCCAAAGAAGAGGCUCGCAAGCAGCGAGAAGCCCUCGAAGCUGUUCAGAGGUCCCGGAGGCUCGAAGCUGCCGAAGCCCAACUCAAGGCAGAUGAGCAAAUGCAAGAGAAUUUGAUUGCCGGGAGAGGAAUUGUGUUCUCUCGUGUGUUAGAAGCUGUAGGUUUCCAAGGAAGUGGGGAUAAGAUCAAACUGCCCCCUUCUUGUUUCACUGAGUUAUCCGAUCAAGGUGCUUUUGAUAAAGGGCCAUUGUACUUCCAGUUAUCCGUGGUUCAUCAUGAAGCUGUUUCCGAAACGAACCAGAAGGAAACCCAUUCUGGUGCUCUGGAGUUCACUGCAGAGGAAGGUCAAGUCGGGCUUCCUCCUCAUGUAUGGAGUAACCUGUUCCCCCUAGACAACACCACUUCUCCUGCAACUGCUUUAGUUGAGGUUCGCUAUGUGUGGCUGCCUAAAGGAAUUUAUGCAAAGCUUCAACCGGAUGUGGUGGGCUUUUCGGACAUCCCUAAUCACAAGGCUGUACUCGAAACGAGCCUCAGGCAGCAUGCUACGCUUUCCGAGGGCGAUGUGAUCACUGUUAACCAUGGGGUGUUAACUUACAGGUUGAGAGUACUCGAGUUGAAACCCUCCUCGAGUGUCUCGGUUCUUGAGACAGAUGUUGAGGUUGAUAUAGUGGGGUCAGAUUCUCCUUUGGAUAGCUCCAAUCAGCAUGUGUUGAAGCAACUGACAUUUGGAGUGUUGGAAUCUGGAAUGGUUGAAGAGGGAAAAUACAAGUACUAUAAGUUCUCAAUUGAUGAUCUCGUUUGGGAGACCGUCUCUUCUGGGGAUGUUAGGAUUGAGGUGAAGAUUGACGUUGAGACUGGUGAUGGUGAUACUGAUCUUUACAUUUCCAAGCAUCCGCUCAUUUUCCCGAACAGACACCGACAUGAAUGGUCUUCGCAUGACAUGGGUUCGAAAGUACUGAUCCUGACCUCGAAAGACAAAAACUUGGGAGUGGGAACUUAUAGCAUUGGUGUUUAUGGCUUCAAAGGAACAGCCAAGUAUAAGGUUUUGGUGAGUGCACAAGAUAAUAGCACCUUCAAAGUAGGUCAGCAGGCUGGAUCGACUACAUCAGCGUCGGUGAAUGCUGACACUGUUGAGUGCAGAAAUUGCAAGCAUUUCAUACCCAGUAGGAGCAUUGCACUGCACGAAGCUUAUUGCAGCAGGCACAAUCUAGUUUGCCAACAUCCCGGUUGUGGUGUAGUUCUGAGGGUUGGCGAGGCCAAGAACCACCUCCACUGCGACAAGUGUGGGGAGGCAUUUCAUAAGGAUGAAAUCGACAAGCACAUGAAGGUUUUCCACGAGCCUCUACAGUGUGGCUGUGGUGCGGUUCUCGAGAAGGAACAGAUGGUGAUACACCAAACUUCUGUGUGCCCACUACGACUCAUCACAUGCCGCUUCUGUGGCGACAUGGUUCAAGCUGGGAUUUCGGCCAUGGACACGAGAGACAGAUUACGAGGGCUCUCGGAGCACGAGAGCCAUUGCGGGUCUAGAACCGCACCAUGUGAUUCGUGCGGUAGAUCUGUCAUGUUGAAGGAGAUGGACAUUCACCAGGUAGCAGUUCACCAGAAGAGCUGAUGUUAGAAUGUAAGAUUUUAAGAGAGGAGGAACACACAGGGGCAGCCAUGUUUCUAUUCAUAUUGUUGUAUAGCUCAUCCCAAAUGUAUGAUCCAUGAGUUGAAGUUUCUGGUUUGGCUUCACUUGUGGUGUUGUGGAACUCUCCCAAUUUGAUUGACUUGUAAUAUUGCUUCUGAUUAUUUAUGCUUCUCCAACCCACUAAAGACUGGAGUUUCCCUCGAGAAAUGAAAUGGCAUGGAUCGGGUGGUUUUCGUCCCUUUAGUAUUCCAUUGGAAGCUUAGGGCAUGUUCCUAUGUCAGAG